AAGCACAGUUGCAUUAAAAGGAGAGAUCGUAUAUACUAUAUUUUAGAUAGUACCAAGUCUUGUUUUGUCCUUAUUAAUAAUAGCAUGGAAAAAUGAAAUAAAUAGUGCAUUUGUUUCAGUUCCAAAAACAAGAUGUUACAAUAGUACAGACUAGUGUAUUGAUAUGUGGAAAAACAGAGAAAUUUUGGUGGAUGAAAUAUGAAAUUAAAGAGUCCAAUUUAUCGUCAUCUUCUUGGCCUUCCCGUGAACACCCAAGCAGUAACAAGAGGUGGGCGCGCAUUGUGAAUGAGAAUAACGACAACUAUACUUGCUAGUUGUCAUCAUUCAAUAAACAAAUAAAUAAAUAUCACACACGCAGUAAAACGGAAAAACAAAAGGAUUUAUAUUUAUUUGGAUUUCCGAUUUAGGUGCAGGUAUGAAAACAGCCUCUCCAAUCAUACAUUUGCUAGCUAGCACAAAUCAUGCAAUAAUCUAUUUCCUCUAAAAAUCUCAAUGCCUCUUCUUCUCAAUUCUCUCCAAAAUUAAUAAAAUUCUCCUCAAAAUGGUCCGCCUCUUCCGAUCCAAGUCCUGCUCUCUCAACUCAAUGCCGCCGCCUCUCUACGAAGGCGACGAGGAAGACGACGACGACGACGGCUAUUUCGGGGACUUGAACACUGACGAGGACGACGAGGAUGAGGAUGAGGAAGAGGACGGAGGUUCCGAGAAUCCGGCCACCACGCCUUUUUUGAGCCCAGGCGGAAACGGUGGGAAUCAGUCGCAGUUUUCUGUGCUGGGGGUGGUGGCGGCGGCACUGCGGAAGUCGCUGGUGACGUGCUCCGUCGACACCGACGACGUCGCAUCUGACGUCGACAUCGGCUGGCCGACCGACGUACGCCACGUCUCCCACGUCACCUUUGACAGAUUUAAUGGAUUUCUCGGCCUACCACUCGACCUCCAGCCCGACGUCCCUCCUAAACCCCCCAGCGCCAGCGCAAGUGUUUUUGGAGUUUCUGCACAAUCAAUGCAGUGUAGCUUUGACUCAAGAGGAAACAGCGUACCAACAAUUCUUCUUAGGAUGCAAAGCAGGCUGUAUUCAGAAGGCGGCCUUCAAGCUGAAGGAAUUUUCCGAAUUAAUGCUGAGAAUAGCCAAGAAGAAAAUGUUAGGCAGCAGCUGAACAAAGGAGUUGUACCACAUGGAAUUGAUGUCCACUGCUUAUCUGGUUUGAUAAAGGCUUGGUUCAGAGAACUUCCUUCAGGAGUACUCGACUGUUUAAGGGCAGAAGAGGUUAUGCAUUGCAACACAGAAGAAGAGUGCAGUGAGCUCGUAAAGAAGCUUCCUCCAACGGAAGCCGCCCUACUCGACUGGGCUAUCAAUUUGAUGGCCGACGUGGUGCACCACCACCAACAUAACAAGAUGAACGCAAGGAACAUCGCUAUGGUCUUCGCACCCAACAUGACUCAGAUGGCUGAUCCUCUUACUGCGCUCAUUCACGCCGUCCAAGUCAUGAACUUUCUCAAGACCCUCAUCGGGAAAACACUUGCUCAAAGACAGAGCAGUGGUGUUGGUUUUGAUGAAUGCUGUUCGAGCACGAGCAGCUGCACUAGUUCUAGUACUAGUAUUAAUAAUGCAGUAGUGAUGAGCAAGAGCGACGCUACCAGCACGCGCAAAAGGCGAACCUUAGGCCAUAGUUUCAAAGACGAAUACGAAGCAGAGGACGACGGAUUCCUCCAUCGCCUCAGUCUGCGGAAAGGCAUGCAAAAGCUAUGCCGCCAUCCAGUAUUCCACUUGACCAAGACUCUACAUACUUCUAAUUAAUCUUCCAUUUUCUUAGCUAAUUAAAUGCUAUUGCUCUUUUCUUCAUUUUUACCACAUUUGUAGUUGUAGGUUGCUUGCUUGCUUUGGAUCCAUGCAAUAGUCCACCUAUGCUUCUCACUAGUUGGGCCUUCACUUGGAAAUUAUUUAGGACUUUCUAUGUGUAUCUAAUUCUCUUAUUCCAUUUUCAUCUAUCUUAUUAAACAUUUCAUUCUAACGAAA